AUGCUGCCCAAGUCGCGCGAGGACUCCCCGUCGUCCUUUGCGAGGGGUCUUUCGCGACCGGAGACGCCCGCGCAGACGGGUGGCCAGGCGACGCCGUCCCAGGCCCAAGCCCAAGCCCCAGCCCCCGACGUGACGGCCGAAGCGACGGCCAUCCUCUCCGACUCGGACGAAUUCAACCCCGACGACACCUACCGCUGCAUCGUCAACCUCAACCUCAACCUGGCUUCCAUGCUCUACACCGACAAGUUCGAGUGGUCCCUCCUUCACCCCCCUGGGACGGCCGAGGCGUUUGCCAAAGUGACCUGUGCCGACCUCGGCUUGACGGGAGAGUGGGUGCCCGCCAUGACCCAUGCCAUCUACGAAGCGGUCCUCCGUCUCAAGAAGGAAGCCUGCGAGGCCGGCGGCCUGGUCGGCGGCUGGGGCGGCGCCCAGCAAGACCUUCUCAACGAUGCCGCCAACGGAGCCGAGGCCGGCUGGCGAUACGACCCCGAGCACCUCGCCGACGACUGGGAGCCCAAGGUCGAGUUCCUCAGCAAGGAGGAGAUAGAGAAGCGAGAGGGAGACCGCGAGCGCCAGGUUCGCCGGUUGCGUCGUGAAACGGCGCGCUUCAGCUCGACCGCCGGCAUGCUCGGCGGCACCCCCUUUGCCGCCACCCCCUUUGCCGGCCCCGUCGAGGUUGAAGAGGAGCGGAUGGGCCGCGGCGAGCGGUCCAAGAAGAAGCGUCGCUUCCGAAGCCUGAGCCCCCUCGGUCGCGGAGGAACGCCCGGUGGCCGUGGCACGCCCGACGUCGGCGGUUACGGCGGCGGCGGCGCUCUGACGGACCUCGAGAGGAUCUCGUGGCGCUGCUCUCACUGCCGUGUCUGGGGAACCAGCGUCUGGGCUGUUCGUGACGGCCCUAGCGGACCCAAGUCCCUUUGCGCCAACUGCGGCUACCUGUACGAGCUGGACCGCAAACUCCCACGGCAAACGAAGAACCUGCAUCUCCAGGAUCAUCGGGUCGGCUAG